AUGAGAGAUGCCUCAAGUCUUUGGGUCAAAACCCGAGAAGGGCUUCCAGAAAAUGUCAAAACCUGGCUGGAGGGUAUUGAAGAUGAUGCACAAUCCGGGUCAACAGCAACACAGCAGAUCGAUUGGCUCAUCAGCCGAACGGAACAAAAAAAGACGGAACUCGAGAACGCACGUCGUCCUUACCUCUUGGAGAUCAAGGGUAACAGAUGGGACUUGCGGAAGUACUUUGAGCGCAUGGUUCACUGGCUCAACAAGUUCAAGGAUAUCGGCGAUGUGGCGUCAUCGUUCGACCCUGUCCAUGCAGCUCUUCCAUGGGCGGCUUUUCGCUUCGUCCUGCAGGCUAUUGUGGCUGAGAAAGAGUACACCGAAAGUCUCUUCGAGAUUCUGUCAUUAAUGCCUCAAUUUGUCCUUUCUGGUCACGUUCUAGAGGUUGUAUAUAUGAAUGAGACUACGCUUCUUGGGAAUGCCUAUGGAGGCACAGAUCUGGGCCAACAAUGCGUCAACAAUUAUUACCGUUAUCUCAACAGGCCUACUCUGCUGCUCUUUCUUAUCUAUCUUGUAUUCUUAGUGCUGAAGCAAUGA